AUGAAGUUUCAGUUAAUGAAAGAAGACGAAGAAAUAGUUGACGAAGAACAGUUUAGUGAUCACCGAUCGAAUUCUGAAGAGGAAUUAGACUCAAGCGAUGGUUCUAGUAAUGAAUCAAGUACUUCAGUGUCCGCGAAUUGUUAUUUUGGCAAAGAUAAAGUCACAAAAUGGAAUAAAAAAGAACCAAGACUGGAUGUGAGAACUCGUGCUCACAACAUCGUGACAAAAUUGCCCGGAAAUGUUGGUGAAGCAAAAUGGGAAAUUGAUAAACUGGCUCCGAUAAGAAAUGUUUUUAAAAAGUUCGUUGAAAAUUGCAAAAACGUUUACAGUCUUGGCGAAUACGUCACAAUUGAUGAAAAAUUAGAGCCCUUUCGAGGAAGAUGCUCCUUUCGUCAAUACAUUCUAAGUAAACCUGCAAAAUAUGGAAUUAAAGUUUUUGCUCUAGUUGAUGCAAGGACAUUUUACACUUCAAAUCUUGAAAUUUAUGCAGCAAGACAACCCACAGGGCCGUAUAGCUUAGACAAUGGUCCUCCUAAAGUAGUCCAGAGGUUGGUGGAGCCUAUUUUGAACUCAGGACGAAACCUUACCGUUGACAAAAGAAAAUUACGCUCUUAG